CUCUUACAUGAAGGCAUCUGCCUGAAAUGGUGAACUUUAGACACACGUGAGUGUUGAGGAGUGUCUGUGGGCUGAUGUUAGGCUGGAUUUGAAUGACUUUGACAACGUUUAUUGAGUUUUCUCAUUUACACAUCAGGAGGACUGCAUGUGUGUGCUUCUUGUAGACAUCAAUCGAGUCACAGUUGGCUGUUACAGCGGAGGGCGACCUUUAAGAUUUUCUGCCUGAAAAGAAAGAAAUCAAGUUAAGAAUUAAUCCAUCCAUCCAGUCAUCUAAGGUCGACUGAAGCCAUCGGUGUGGGCCAUGUGUGCCGCAGCACUGGAGGAGUACUGUGGGUCCAUCUUCUGGAAUGCUUCAUAUCUGAAUAGAGAAGACCCAGACCUCCCAGUAUGUGUAGAGCAGACGGUGCUGGUCUGGAUCCCCUUGGGGUUCCUGUGGCUCUGUGCACCGCGACACCUGAUGUCUCUCUUCCGGAGGACACAGGUGAAUACAGGACACCUGUCUAAGCUCUACCUCUGCAAACAGCUUGUAGUGUCAAUGUUGCUCAUGACGGCCAUAGCAGCCCUGGCAGUCACAUUAGGAGAAGAUUAUGGUCCAAGCAAAGACCCACCUUCAACAGUGAAACAUCCUGCUGUAUACUACGCAAACCCUGUCCUGUACACUGUCACAUGGAUCCUUCUGCUGUUGUGCCAAGAAGGAGUGAGGCGGAGGGAGGGAGCAGUAGACUCCACCACCCUCUUCGUCUUCUGGUUGCUCCUUGUUCUGUGCGACGUCUUCCCUUUCCAGACCUUCCUACGAGAGGCACUCAAGCUGGGAGAGAUCACUGAUGUCCCUCGUUUCUGCCUUUUCUACAUUUCCUUUGGGCUGGAGUUGAUUGCUCUCAUUCUCUCUGCUGUGGCUGACAUCCCUCUGGAAGCCAAGGAGCUUGUAAGAAAGAAUCCAGAGGCAGGUGCAGCGUUUUUGAGCAGAAUCACUUUCAACUGGUUUAACAGUAUGGUGCUGAAGGGGUACAAGCAGCCCCUGGUUCAGGAGGACAUGUGGGAGCUAAGUGAGGCAGAUGGCACUGCUUACAUCAACCAACGCUUCCAGCAUUUCAUGGAAUCGGAUUUGGGAGCAGCUCGGGUCCGGUUCCAAAACAGGUUGAAGAAGAAAUGUGUUGAGAGGGGAGACAAAGCCCAGGAAGAGCCCUUUCAAAAUGGCCUUUCUAAUGGUCUGGGGAAAGGCGUCAGUCAGGAUGUGCUUAUGAUGGGGGAAAAGGGAAAGAAAGAAGAUGAAAAGAAGAAGGAGAAAAAGAAGGAGGAAGAAUAUCCCAAUUCAUGGAUGAUUACCACCAUUUACAAGACCUUUAAAGGGAUUCUGAUUGAAUCGGCCUUCUUCAAACUUCUGCAGGACCUGCUGUCUUUUGCUAGUCCUCAACUCCUGAAGUUGAUGAUCUCCUACACUCAGGACACAUCCAGGUAUACCUGGGAAGGGUAUCUGUAUGCAGUGCUACUGCUAGUGGUGGCCAUUCUGCAGUCUCUGUUCCUGCAGCAGUACUUCCAGCGGUGCUUUGUGCUGGGGAUGAAGGUUCGCACUGCCAUCAUGGCUGCCGUGUACAAAAAGGCAUUGGUGGUGUCUAAUGAGGCUCGUAAAGAGUCAACAGUUGGGGAAACGGUGAACCUGAUGUCAGCAGAUGCCCAGCGCUUCAAUGAUGUGACCAACUUCAUCCACUUGCUUUGGUCCUGCCCUCUGCAAAUCAUCCUGUCCAUUGUUUUCCUGUGGCUUGAGUUAGGACCUUCUGUGCUGGCAGGACUGGCAGUCAUGGUGCUCAUGGUGCCAGUCAAUGGACUGCUAGCCACCAAGGCCCGGAACUUCCAGAUAGAGAACAUGAAGUUUAAAGACAAGAGGCUGAAAAUCAUGAACGAAAUACUUAACGGGAUUAAGAUUCUGAAGCUGUAUGCAUGGGAGCCAUCCUUCCAGGCGCAGGUGGAAGACAUUCGGGGCCAAGAACUGCAUGUCAUGAGGAAGUUUGCCUACCUGACGUCUGUCUCCACCUUCAUCUUCAGUUGUGCUCCAGCUCUGGUUUCUCUGGCCACAUUUGCAGUGUUUGUAGGGGUGAGCCCGAGCAAUGUGUUGACUGCUGAGAAAGCUUUCACUUCCAUCUCUCUUUUCAACAUCCUCCGAUUUCCCCUGGCCAUGCUGCCCAUGCUCAUCGCUGCCAUUGUGCAAACGACCGUGUCUAGGAAGCGCCUGGAGAAGUUUCUGGGAGGUGAAGACCUUGAAAGUGACAUUGUGCGCCAUGACACCAGUUUCAACUCUGCUGUUAGCAUAUGUGAUGGUUCCUUUGCUUGGGAAAAAGAAGCUGAGCCUCUGCUGAAAAAUGUGUCCUUGGAUAUCAAGCCAGGUCGACUGGUAGCAGUAGUGGGAGCUGUGGGCUCAGGAAAGUCCUCUCUCAUGUCAGCCCUCCUGGGAGAGAUGCACAGCAUCAAAGGCUUUAUCAACAUUCUGGGUUCCCUUGCCUUUGUGCCACAGCAAGCCUGGAUCCAGAAUGCCACUUUGAGGGAUAAUAUCCUGUUCGGCUCUCCCCAUGAGGAAAGGAGGUUCCAGGAGGUGAUACAGGCCUGCGCCCUGGCCCCUGACCUGGAGCUACUGCCUGGGGGUGACCUCACUGAGAUUGGGGAGAAAGGCAUCAACCUCUCAGGGGGUCAGAAGCAACGUGUGAGCUUGGCCCGGGCAGCUUACAGUCAGGCUGAUAUUUAUCUAUUAGAUGACCCCUUGUCUGCUGUGGACUCUCAUGUAGGAAAGCAUCUCUUUGACAAAGUGAUUGGACCCAACGGACUACUCAAAGACAGGACUCGUAUAUUGGUGACUCAUGGAGUAAGUUUCCUGCCAUACGUAGAUGAAAUAGUGGUCUUGGUGGAUGGAGUGGUUUCUGAGGUUGGAACUUACAACAGCCUUCGUGCCAGCAAAGGAGCCUUUUCUGAAUUUCUAGACACAUACGCCAAAGAACAAAGUAAUCGGACCCAUUCAGAUUCAGAUCUUUGCCAGGACAUUGCAGAUGUAGAGCUCAUCCCUGAAAGAGAGGACACUCAACCUGACUCUCCUUUGGAGGAUACGGUUUCUGUCACACUGAAGAGAGAGAGUAGCAUCCGCCGCAGCCAACGCAAGGGCAGUGUCAGACUCAGAAAGACUAGUUCCAUACGAAAAUUAGAAGAUGUUGAUCAAUCAAAGAAAGGCCAGAGGCUAAUAGAGAAGGAAACAAUGGAAACAGGACAGGUGAAGUUUUCAGUGUACAUCCAGUACAUGCGUGCCAUAGGCUGGGGAUAUGCUGCCAUGGUCUUCCUGUUUUACUUCACGCAGAAUAUUGCUUUCAUCGGUCAGAACCUGUGGCUGAGUGACUGGACCAAUGAUGCAGUGGAGUACUACAACAUAACAUACCCUAACUGGAAGAGGGACACCAGGGUGGGAGUGUUUGGAGCUCUGGGAGUGGCUCAGGGCAUCUUUGUGUUCCUUGGUACACUGCUCAUGGCCAAUGCUUCUGUCGCUGCAUCUCGCAUCCUGCAUACGAGGCUGCUUAACAACAUACUGCGAGUUCCAAUGGUGUUCUUUGACACUACGCCCAUUGGAAGGGUGGUCAACCGAUUUGCAAAGGACAUUUUCACAGUGGACGAAGCUAUUCCACAGUCCCUCCGCUCCUGGCUCAUGUGUCUGCUGGGCGUACUGGGGACACUGUUUGUCAUUUGUCUAGCCACUCCUUUUUUCACCAUCAUCAUCAUCCCUCUGGCCCUGGUCUACUACUUUGUACAGCGCUUCUAUGUAGCGUCUUCAAGACAGCUGCGUCGACUGGACUCAGUGUCUCGCUCUCCUAUAUACUCACACUUUAGUGAAACGGUUUCGGGUUUGUCAGUGAUAAGAGCCUACGGCCAUCAAGAAAGGUUUCUAAAACACAACGAAAUAACUAUUGAUGAAAAUCUCAAGAGUGUCUACCCAUGGAUAGUGUCAAACAGAUGGCUGGCUAUCCGUCUGGAGUUCCUCGGAAACCUGGUUGUGUUUUUCGCUUCUCUGUUUGCCGUCAUUUCCAGAAAGUCUCUGAACAGUGGCCUGGUUGGCAUGUCUAUAUCCUACGCCCUUAAUGUAACCCAGACCCUCAACUGGCUGGUGAGGAUGACCUCAGACCUGGAGACUAAUAUUGUAGCCGUGGAGAGAGUGAGUGAAUACUCUGAGCUUGAGAAUGAGGCUAAGUGGGUAACUGACACUCGGCCUCCAGAGAAGUGGCCCACUGCAGGAAGGCUACAGUUUGAAAACUACAUGGUCCGUUACAGACCUGGAUUAGACCUGGUGCUGCAUGGAAUCACCUGUGCCAUCGACAGCACUGAGAAGAUUGGUAUAGUGGGCCGCACGGGAGCUGGGAAAUCAAGCCUGACCAACUGCCUGUUUAGAAUUAUUGAAGCUGCUGAAGGUCGUAUCCUCAUUGAUGAUAUAGAUAUUUCCACAGUAGGCCUGCAUGACCUCAGAAACAGGCUCACGAUCAUACCGCAGGAUCCCGUGCUGUUCUCCGGGACUCUGAGGAUGAACCUGGAUCCAUUUGACAAAUUCAGUGAUGAGGACCUCUGGAGAGCGCUGGAGCUCUCCCAUCUGAAGGACUAUGUAGCGGGGCUGCAGGAAGGAUUACAACAUGAAGUCUCAGAGGGGGGAGAGAACCUCAGUGUUGGGCAGAGGCAGCUGCUGUGUCUGGCCCGGGCACUGCUGAGGAAGUCUCGGAUCUUAAUCCUGGAUGAGGCCACAGCAGCUGUUGACCUGGAGACAGAUGACUUGAUUCAGAAUACCAUCCGCAAAGAGUUUUCACACUGCACUGUCCUCACCAUCGCCCACCGCCUGAAAAGUGUUAUGGACAGCUCAAGGAUAAUGGUGCUUGAUGCUGGUAAAAUAGUGGAAUUUGAUUCUCCUAGCAACCUCCUAUCAAAACAAGGCCAUUUUUUUGCCAUGGCAAAGGAUGCUGGGAUAACACUGGAAGACAUUACAGCUCUCUGAUUUUGCACUAAUAAUUUUGAUUUGAUACAUGACAUUUGUUGUUUGAUUUAAAAAGCUGGAAUGUGCAUGGAUAUAAAUAAAUAUUGUAAUAUUUGUAUUUAUAGGAAGAAAUAUAAAGAAAUCAUAUUCUGUAUGCAAAUCAUUUUAUAUGGGGAAAAGUAAAUAUUCUUAAAUACUG